AUGUCUAAAUUAGUUCAACAAGUUCAAUUCGGUAACACUGGGAUUAAGGUCUCCCCAUUAAUUGUUGGCUGUAUGUCAUAUGGUUCUAAAACAUGGGCUGAAUGGGUUGAAGAUGACAAGGAAAAAGUUUUCCAAAUCUUAAAGCAUUGUUAUGAUAUUGGGUUCCGUACUUUCGAUACCGCUGAUGUCUAUUCAAAUGGUAAAAGUGAAAGAUUAUUAGGAGAAUUCUUAAGAAAAUUUAAUAUUAGAAGGGAAACUGUGGUCAUUCUAACCAAGACUAAUUUCCCAGUAGAUGAAACAUUAGUUUUACCCAUAGGUGAUGCCAACCGAUCUGAAAAUGACACUUUAGAUUUAGUUAAUCAACAAGGUCUAUCUCGUAAACAUAUUUUACAGUCCGUCAAAAACUCGGUGGAAAGAUUAGGUACUUAUAUUGAUGUUUUGCAAAUUCAUAGAUUUGAUCCAAACACACCAAUUAAGGAAACUAUGAAGGCAUUGAAUGAUGUGGUGGAAAAGGGUGAUGUUAGAUACAUUGGUGCUUCUUCCAUGUUACCAACUCAAUUUGUCGAAAUGCAAGGAGUAGCUGAUAAGUAUGAUUGGUUCCAGUUUGUUAACGUUCAAUCUCAAUAUAACUUGUUAUACAGAGAGGAUGAACGUGAUUUGAUGAAAUAUUGUAAGAAACAUAACAUCGCAUUAACACCAUGGUCUCCGAAUUAUCAAGGUUUGUUAACAAGACCUGUUGGUGUUGAAUCAGUUAGAUCUACGAAAGAUAAGUUUAUUAACGCUUGGGAUCUGAAAAAGUUUGAUCCUGCACAGAAGGCAAUCAUUGAUCGUGUUGAAGAGUUGUCAAAAAAGAAAGGUGUACCAAUGGCUGCCAUUUCUACUGCUUGGGUUUUGGCUAAGGGUUGUUAUCCAAUUGUCGGUAUGUCUUCAAUUAAAAGAGUUGAUGAAGCAAAAGAGGCUUUAGAUGUCAAGUUUACUGAAGAAGAAUUGGCUUAUUUGGAAGAACCUUAUAAACCAAGAAACUUCAUGUAUUAG